UACAGGAGUGACUCAGAGGAACUCCAUUCUACCACUAUGAAGAAAAGUGGUGUUCCUUUCCUUUUGGGUAUCAUCUUCCUGACUCUGAUUGGAGUUCAAGGAGCUCCAAUAAUGAGGAAGGGACGCUGUUCCUGCAUCAACACCAGCCAAGGGAUGAUCCACCCAAAAUUCUUAAAGGACCUUAAACAAUUUGCUCCGAGCCCUUCUUGUGAGAAAACUGAAAUCAUUGCUACAAUGAAGAAUGGGGAUCAAACAUGUCUAAACCCAGAUUCAGCAGAUGUGAAAGAAUUGAUUAAAGAGUGGGAGAAACAGGUCAGCCAAAAGAAAAAGCAAAAGAAAGGGAAAAAACAUCAGAAAAGCAGGAAAGUUCUAAAAGUUAAAAAAUCUCAACGUCCUCAUCAAAAGAAGACCAAAUAAGUGACCACUUUACCAACAAGU